AUGUCAUUAUUGUACCACACGACGACCUGUCCGACCUCUUCCAUCGCCCUCGUUCCUCCGUUCACGAAAUCAACCUGUGCAACUCGGACACAGCACUCCCCCAACAUUCUUGACGAGACCCACAAUAACCGUGCGCACCUUGCAAAUAGAGAUUUCGAGAGAAACGAUCAGAGUGACACAAUUGCGAUCACGCGACUGCUGUUCACUUUCGACUCUCGUUUCCAAGUGGAUACUAUUUUGCUUGAGAGCUGUAUGGUGAUCUACACGCGCCAGCUAAACCAGCUAAAGAUUCUCUCGAGUAUUUGA